AUGCUUCCUCGCCCUCACAGCCCGAUUGUCUUAGAUGCUCACGAGAUCCCCCGGCUAACACUUGUCCUCGACUCUUCGCAGAUCGGAAUCAUCGUAGGUCUACUCUCGACCAGCGUUCAGAGCCUGGGCCUGACGCUACAACGAAAAUCGCACAUCCUCGAAGACGAAAAGGGCCCGCAUGAGAUCCGCAGGCCGCCGUACCGGAGGGGCAGGUGGCAGCUGGGCAUGGGAAUGUUCAUCGCCGCCAACCUGCUCGGUAGCUCCGUCCAGAUCUCGACCCUCCCUCUCCCCGUCCUCUCGACCCUGCAGGCCUCGGGCCUCGUCUUCAACUCGAUAUGCGCCACCCUCAUCCUCAACGAGCCCUUCACGAGGUGGUCGCUCUGGGGCACCCUGCUCGUAUGCGCCGGCGCCGUACUCAUCGCCGUCUUCGGCGCAAUUCCCGCGCCAGCCCAUAACCUCCGCGAACUCCUCGAUCUACUCGGCCGCCGGCCCUUCGUGAUAUGGAUGAUCAUGCAGGCCCUGCUGGUCCUCUCCAUCGCCAUCACCAUCGACUGCCUCGACGCCUUCACGAGCCUGUCGACCAACUCGCGCUUCCGGUUCGUCCGCGGGCUGUCAUACGGUUGUAUAAGCGGCAUAGUGUCCGCGCACUCGCUGCUGGUCGCCAAGUCCGCAGUCGAGCUCAUUAUCAAGACCAUCGCCGACGGCGAUAACCAGUUCGUUCACUGGCAGGCCUGGGUCCUGGUUCUCGCGUUGGUCACGCUGGCCCUGAGCCAGCUGUACUACCUUCACCGCGGCCUUAAGCUUGUCUCGACGUCGGUCCUAUAUCCAAUGGUCUUCUGCAUAUAUAACAUCAUUGCGAUCCUGGACGGCUUGAUUUACUUCAAGCAGACCGACCUUAUUAAUCCUCUACGCGGCGGGCUUAUCGCGCUCGGAACCGUCAUUUUACUAUCAGGCGUUCUGGCGCUGUCCUGGCGCCUCAGCGACGAACAACAUACUCCCGGCGUCGGCCAGUCGUCGCUGGCUCCCGGCCUGGGUCUCGUGGAAGACACGGAAGACGAAGAGGAGUCUCUCCUUGGCGGCGACGACCUGUACAGCCUUCACGAAGAAGACGACCCUCUCCCCGUACAGUACUCGACCUUCAACGUGGCCAGCGGCGAGACCACGCCCCUUACACCCAGCCGUCCAAAGAAGGGUAGGAGAUGGCAGGAACGAGCCGAAAUUUGGGGCGAGCUCGAGGAUCGCGAUGCACCAAGCACGCCCAUCUCGCGCAAGCGUUCCAGUACCAUGCCUGACAUCACUGAGUCCACCUCCCUUCUCGCCCACCACCGCCGCUCAAGCGGCACAAAACAGCCCCAAACAUCGUCUUCAGCGGAGCCGGGCCCCAGCAGCGAGUCCCCCUCACAACGCCGGCCCGUGGGCCGCAGGCGGCGUAAGUCAACGGGCUUCCCGGGCUUCACGGCCCGCCGUCGCCGUAAGAGCCAGAGCAGCCAGCCCUCGCUGCAGGAGGCACUCAGCGGGGUCUGGAAGCUCAAGUGGUGGCGGUCCGGCGGUGACGAGGGCGCGCCGCCGAGUAGUAGUGGGAGCUGGUCCGUGUUCCGCGACGAGCCGAGGCCGGACAGCAGCGGUAGCGCGCAAGGAGGGCGGAGGGGGGAGAACGGCGGCGGCGGCGGCGACGGGGCCCAGCAGCAUGAUAGGGGGCGGGGCGGCCGGCCUAGUGACGAUUCGCCUGUAUGA